AUGCAAUACUCAUCAGUCAUUCUCUGUGCAGCUUUCGCUGUCACCAGUGUCUUCUCUCACGGUGUUAUCACUGAAGUCAAGGGUGCCAAUGGUGUUACCAUGCCAGGUCUUACCGUAGUUGACGGUACUCCUCGUGAUUGCCCUUCAGCCGGAUGUGGUGCUCAAGAUGAUACCGCUGUUAUUCGAGCAAACGAGAUCGGAACAAGCAAAGCCUCUGCUAUGGGACGAACCAAGGCCAAUGGACCAGUCACUGCUGAGAGAAUGAUGGCUAUCUACAUGGGUGGAACUGCCAAUAACACUGCCCGUGACAUCCACGAGCGCAGCACCAUGUACAAGCGUCAACUUUUCGGUGGUAACAAGGCUGGUGGCGGUGGUGCCGCAGGAGCAAGUGUUAAGACACCAGCUGGUACCUCAGAGACUGGUGUUAGUGCCGCCGCCGGUGCUGGUGCUUCAGAUGGUCUCCCAACUACAUCCGACAGCGGCGAGAUUACAAUGACUCUUCACCAGAUCAACCAAGAUGGUGCCGGUCCUUUCACUGCUAUGGUUGACGCCACAUCUGGUGGAACCGAUCCAGCUGCCUUCAAGACUGCUGAGGUCACCCAGAAUGUUCCAGGAUUGGUUGCUGGUAUCUCAGCCACCACUACCACUGAUUUCCCAGUCAAGGUUCAGAUGCCAGCUGGAAUGACCUGCUCUGGUACCGUUGGCGAUGCCACAAACGUCUGUGUCGUCAAGAUGCAGAACGCCACUCCAGCUGGUCCAUUCGGAGGAGCUGGUGCCUUCACACAGUCAACUGCCGCCAAGAAGCGUGCUAUUGAGCACAACCUCAGCAAGCGCAGAAUGGCACGAUCAAUCAAGGCAUCCACCGCAUAG